AUACCCGCCCAGCGACAAUACACACCUCGCUUGGUACAUUUCGAUGCGCGAACCUCCCGUCUGCCUCCCUCCACUCCUGACUCGACCAAUUGAGCUGGAGUAGCAGCAGCAACAGCAACAACACCGCCGCCGUGCCGAGUUGUCCUGUUUCGCACCUUCAUGCUACCACCUCUCUCCGGAUUCAAGCGACGAAGACACGCCCAGAUUCGAUGCCUCCCGCUGACGCCCACGCCAAUGGUGGCGCCGACCCUGUGAAGACCAAACUCCCCGCCCAUGAUGCGACCGCCGGGCCCGCCCCCGAGAAGCCCCCCGUAAUCGAUGCUGGCUUACGGAGCCUGGAUCACUACAAACGCGCCCUUCCGAAAUGGCGUUACUACCUACGACAGCGAGCCCUUCCGCUGGUGCGAUGGGAGACUCCCUACUUAGCUUGGCUGCAGGACGUCCUGCGCACACCCGCUCUCGACAGUUACUUUGCCAUCACCGCCAACCUCGGCACCCACACCUUCUUCAUGGUCGGCUUGCCCAUCCUGUUCUGGUGCGGCAAUGGUUCCUUUGGCAAAGGGAUUGUGCAUAUUCUGGCGAGCGGCGUCUUCUUCACCGGCUUCAUCAAGGACUUCUUCUCCCUCCCGCGGCCGUUGUCGCCGCCCUUACAUCGCAUUACCAUGUCGGGCUCGGCCGCCCUCGAAUACGGCUUCCCUUCGACCCAUUCCGCAAACGCAGUCUCCGUUGCCGUGUACGCAAUCCUGUGCCUCAGGUCGCCUGAUAAUCCUUUCUUGCCCACCACCAAGUCCACUCUCGAGGCGCUAGCCUACUUUUACGCCAUCAGCAUCGUGUUUGGCCGCCUCUACUGUGGCAUGCACGGCUUUGUGGAUGUAAUUGUGGGAUCGAUCAUGGGUGCCAUCAUCUCGCUGAUCGAGUUCUACUACGGACCCGCCCUGGACGUGUUCAUUUUUCAGAACGGCUGGGUUGGCCUGUGCACAUUUUUACUAGUGGUCAUCGUUCUCAUACGGGUCCAUCCAGAACCGGCGGACGAUUGCCCCUGCUUUGACGACAGUGUGGCCUUCGCCGGGGUCAUGAUGGGUUUGGAGAUCGGGACGUGGCGUUUCAACCAAUCGUCCUUGGCCGACAUCACCUUCGAUCUCCACGCGCUCGGCUGGGUAGUCGUCGUGGCACGCAUCCUCUUCGGCGUGCUCGUCAUCUUCGCGUGGCGCGAGGUUGCCAAGCCCUCGCUGCUGAGGGGUCUGCCACACCUGUUCCGCCUGAUCGAAAACUGGGGUCUGAGCCUGCCGCGGCGCUUCUUCAUGCCGGCGUCGGAGUACAAGAACAUCCCGCUACGGCUGAGGGUCGACAACGUGAUGCCGAACGUGAGCGACCUACCGGGGCUCAUCACCGCCGUGCGGCACCCGGGGCGCGGCAGGUCGGUGUCGGUGGGGCCGCAGAGCGCGGCCGAUGCGUACGAGACGCUCGCGUACCGCGAACGCCGGCACCGCGAAAGCAUCAGCAGCAACUCAGCGCUACACAGCAGGACGAGCGCUCAGGAUUUAAAAGAGAGUGCGAAGAGCUCGCAGAGCGAAAGCGACGGCGCAGCGCAGAGCUCCGCCGUCAGCAGCGGACAGCAGCAAACGCAGCCACUACCCCCGCAGCAACAGUAUCAUCACCACCAUCAUUAUAAUCAUAAUAGUAGUAGUAGACUUGGCGACUUCGAAAAGUUGAUGGGGGAGGGCAGGGUAAUCGUCUCGCCGGCCGAGACGACGGGCGCGAACGGAGAGCCAACCAUAUUCGUCGGGCAGCAGGACGAGCUCAGCGAGAAGGAGGUCUUCUCGAUGCUGGUCAAGCCGCGCGUGCGGUACGAUGUCGAGGUUGUGACUAAGCUCGUCGUCUACUGUGGCAUCGGUUGGCUAGCCGUCGAAAUCGUCCCCGUAUUAUACGAGCUCAUACCCGGCCUCGGCGCCGGGCACCUCCGCUUGGCGUAAUCCAUAGA